GUCCUGGAACUGCUAUUUGUAGAUGCUUGUGAUGGAUUACUGCUGUGCGUGUGUAAGAGGGAAGCAGAGAGAUUUUUUGUUAGUGUUCCAUUUCCCCCGUUCUUCAGUCAGACGACAGUGCGCCACCGAGGAGACGCAGGCGCGUUACGCGGAGCCAGGAACGCAACGCAACUCCGCCGAGAACAGGAGAGUUUUUGAGGAUCUUGAGAGAGGAGACAAGCUUGAAGGCGAUCAUGCCCGCGAAAGGUGGAGGCAGACUGGCACACGUCCACACACUGCUGCUGUGCGCGGCUGCGCUCAGCGGUUGCGCCACGGCGUGCCCGGCGCUCUGCGCGUGCAGCGGUACCACGGUGGACUGCCACGGGCUCGGGCUCAAAACCGUGCCCAGGAAUAUACCCAGAAACACAGAGAGGCUGGAACUGAAUGGGAACAACCUGACACGCAUCAACAGAAAUGACUUUUCUGGACUCAAGUACCUCAGGGUUCUGCAGCUGAUGGAGAAUCAGAUCAUUAGUGUGGAGCGUGGGGCGUUUGAUGACAUGAGAGAGCUGGAGAGACUGCGUCUGAACAAGAACCAACUUCAGCAGUUUCCUGAACUUUUGUUUCAGAAGAACGAGGCUCUGUCCAGACUAGACCUGAGCGAGAAUUUCAUCCAGGCGAUUCCUCGAAAGGCUUUCCGUGGAGCCACAGAUAUCAAGAACCUUCAGCUGGACAAGAAUCACAUCAGCUGUAUUGAGGAUGGAGCAUUUCGUGCGUUACGUGGCCUUGAAGUUUUAACUCUGAACAACAACAACAUCAGCAGUAUUCCAGUGUCCAGUUUCAACCAUAUGCCCAAACUCAGGACCUUCCGUUUGCAUUCCAACAACCUGAACUGUGACUGUCAUCUUGCCUGGUUAUCCCAGUGGCUGCGGGAACGACCGACCAUCGGUCUGUUCACCCAAUGCACCUCUCCGGCUCCGCUGCGAGGACUCAAUGUAGCCGAGGUUCAAAAACAUGAGUUCACAUGUUCAGGUCAGACUGAAGACACCGCUGUUCAGCUGUGUAGUUUUGCUGCGGGUUCGUGUCCGGCCGUCUGCACCUGCAGUAAUAAUAUUGUGGACUGUCGAGGGAAGGGACUGACAGCGAUCCCAGCCAAUCUGCCUGACAGUAUGACAGAGAUACGUCUGGAACAGAACGGCAUUAAGUCGAUCCCUCCUGGAGCGUUCUCUCCAUACAAGAAACUUCGCCGAAUAGAUCUCAGCAACAACCAGAUUUCUGAGAUUGCACCCGAUGCUUUCCAUGGCCUACGCUCCUUAAACUCACUGGUUCUGUAUGGCAAUAAGAUCACUGAUCUACCCAGAGGAGUGUUUGAUGGACUCUACGCCCUUCAGCUGCUCCUUUUAAAUGCAAACAAGAUCCACUGCCUCCGAGCCAACACGUUUCAGGACCUGCAAAAUCUCUCACUGCUGUCUUUAUAUGACAACAAAAUCCAAACGCUGGCCAAGGGCACCUUCACCUCCCUGCGUGCAAUUCAGACACUUCAUUUAGCACAGAAUCCGUUCAUCUGUGACUGUAAUCUGAAGUGGUUGGCUGAUUAUCUUCGCUCGAACCCCAUUGAGACCAGCGGCGCCCGCUGCACCAGUCCUCGCCGCCUCGCCAACAAACGCAUCGGUCAAAUCAAGAGCAAGAAGUUUCGCUGCUCUGCCAAUGAGCAGUACAUCAUCCCAGGAACUGAGGACGCCAGGCUGAAUAACGACUGUAAUAAUGAGCCGGUCUGUCCGGCCAAAUGCCGCUGUGAGUCGAAUGUGGUUGACUGUUCGAACCUUCGACUGAGCCGCAUCCCAGAGCACAUCCCAGUGUCCACAACAGAACUCCGCCUGAACAAUAAUGAGAUCACAACCAUAGAAGCCACAGGUGUAUUCAAGACACUUACACACCUGAAGAAAAUAAACCUUAGCAACAAUAAGAUCUCUGAGAUAGAGGAUGGGGCGUUUGAGGGAUCAUCGUCAGUCAAUGAACUUCACCUGACAGCUAACCAGCUGGAUUCAGUGCACAGUGGGAUGUUCAGGGGUCUGGACGGCCUACGGAUGAUGAUGCUGCGAAACAAUCGCAUUAGCUGCAUUCACAACAACAGCUUCACAGGCUUGCACAACGUCCGUCUGCUGUCACUUUAUGACAACACAUUGACGAGCAUCGCUCCCGGAGCCUUCGACACACUGCAGAGUCUCUCAACCCUAAAUCUGCUUGGCAAUCCGUUUAACUGUAACUGCCAGCUGGCAUGGCUAAGUGUCUGGCUGAGGAACCGUAAGAUUGUGACGGGAAACCCACGCUGCCAUCAGCCAGCUUUCCUUAAAGAGAUUCCCCUGCAGGAUGUAGCGCUACCAGAUUUCCGCUGUGAUGAGGGUCAAGAUGAAUCGAGCUGUACUCCACCUGUCCAGUGUCCCAGUGACUGUACCUGUCUGGAGACGGUGGUGCGCUGCAGUAACAAACAUUUACGUGUCUUACCCAAAGGCAUUCCUCGAAACAUCACCGAACUAUACCUUGAUGGAAACCAGUUCAGUGUUGUGCCAAAGGAGCUGUCCACCUUUAAACAUCUACAGCUGGUAGACCUGAGUAACAACAAAAUAAGCUCCUUAACCAAUUCCUCAUUUGCCAACAUGAGUCAACUUACUACCCUGAUUCUCAGUUAUAACGCUCUUCAGUGUAUCCCAACUCUUGCCUUCAGGGGACUUGGAUCUCUCCGACUGCUGUCUCUGCAUGGCAAUGAUAUCUCCGAGUUGCCUGAUGGGAUUUUUAAUGACGUGACAUCACUGUCACAUCUAGCCAUAGGGGCAAACCCGCUGUACUGUGAUUGCCGACUGCGCUGGCUUUCUGAUUGGGUGAAAACCGGCUAUAAGGAGCCAGGCAUUGCUCGCUGUGUCAGCCCGCAUGGCAUGGAGGGAAAACUAUUGCUAACCACUCCAGCCAAGAGGUUUGAAUGUCAAGGUGAGGUGGACACUGCCAUACUAGCGAAAUGUAACCCGUGCAUUUCUAAUCCGUGUUUGAACCGUGGGACCUGCCAGGCAGAUGAAAUUGAAGGCUACAGGUGCGACUGUUUUCAGGGUUUUAAGGGCAAGAACUGUGAUGCAGUGCUUAACGCUUGUGUCAGGGAACCCUGUCAACAUGGAGGAACAUGCAGCGUAUCUGAAGAAAGAGAUGAAGGCUACAGCUGCUCCUGUCCUGUCGGCUUUGAAGGUCCACAUUGUGAGAUUGACAUUGACGAGUGCAACGACAAUGAGUGUCAGAAUGGAGCGACGUGUAUAGAUGGACACAACAACUACACAUGCUUAUGUGGCCCUUUUUACACAGGGGAGAUGUGUGAAGAUCUGGAGGAUAUGUGUGCUUCUGAUCGCAAUCCCUGCAAGCAACAAUCCAGCUGCUUUAUCACACCCACCGGUCCAAAGUGUUUAUGUUCAGCCGGUUACGUGGGUGACGACUGCAGCGUGAACUACGAUGACUGUAAGGAACACAAGUGCCAGAACGGAGCAGAGUGUUUGGAUGAAAUUAAUGGAUACUCCUGUGUUUGUCCUCAAGGCUACAGCGGACAGCUUUGUGAAAUCCCAUCUACUCGGCGUUCUCUGUGCGACAUUGCUGACUGUCAGAACAAUGCGCCAUGUGUGGAGCGAGGAGGCCAUCCGCUGUGUCAGUGCCUGGCUGGGUUUGGUGGACCACGCUGUGAAAAGUUAGUUAGUGUUAACUUUGUGGAUCGAGACUCCUACCUGCUCCUGAGUGACCUAAAGAACUGGCCUCAGGCCAACAUCACGCUACAGGUGUCCACUGCAGAAGACAAUGGCAUUCUUCUGUACAAUGGAGAUAAUGAUCACAUUGCUGUUGAGCUUCAUGAGGGUCAUGUGAAAGUCAGCUAUGAUCCUGGCAGCAACCCUGGCCGUGCAAUUUACAGUACUGAAACCAUCAAUGAUGGUGAGUUCCACACCGUAGAACUGGUGACCUUCGACCAGAUGGUGAACCUUUCCAUAGAUGGUGGCAGACCAACAACAAUGGACAGCUUUGGGAAAGUGCAACCCUUGACAGGAGAGGCUCCACUAUAUGUCGGGGGCAUGCCAGUCGAUGUCCACCCCACAGUCCCCCGGAUAUGGCAGAUCCAGAACGGCUCUAGUUUCCAUGGUUGUAUUCAGAACCUGUACAUCAACAAUGAGCUACAGGACUUUACUAAAACCCAAAUGAAACCCGGUGUGGUGCCCGGCUGUGAGCCUUGCAGAAAGAUAUAUUGCCUGCAUGGCAUUUGCCAACCCAAUGCAGCCUCAGGCCCUGUUUGCCACUGCCAACAUGGAUGGAGCGGGCAACACUGUGACCAGCCAGCAACAAACCCCUGCCUGGGCAGCAAGUGCGUCCACGGGCAAUGUAUUCUGAUGGAUGCGCAGUCGUACCGCUGUGAAUGUCAGGAGGGUUUUCACGGUGCCUUGUGCAACCAGCAGGAAGAGCUGUUUAAUCCAUGCAGAAAGCUUCAAUGCAAACACGGUCAUUGUCAGAUCUCUGAUGCGGGAGACGCCUACUGUCAUUGUGAGGCUGGUUACAGUGGAGGCACGUGUGACAAAGAGUCCGAGUGUCAUGGGAAGCCGGUGCGAGACUUUUACCAGGUCCAGCGCGGCUAUGCCAUCUGUCAGACGACACGCAUGGUGUCUUGGGUGGAGUGCAGCGGCACCUGUGACACAGGCUCAUGCUGUGCCAGCCAAAGGAUGAAACGCAGAAAAUACACUUUUGAGUGUAGCGACGGCACAUCCUUCAGUGAGGAGGUUGAAAAGACCAUCAAGUGUGGCUGUGUGGGGUGCAUGUAGGAUCUAAACACUAGCAUCACCACCCUGUCACAGUCUGAAAGAACUGUAGAAAGAGCCAUCGUAAAUACACAGCAUCAUAUCGAUACGAUCAAUAUCUUUCAUUGGGUAUAGAGAGACAAACACCACACCCCACACAAGAGCCAGAAAUUUCAACCACUUUUGUCAAUUCAUAGGGUCUCAGAAAGAUAGAUUAUGAAGUCUGCUGACAGAAAGGUGAGGAAGAUGGCCUCUGGCUCGUUUCAGUCCAAACACAGGACAGUGGUAUUAGAAGAGAAUUUCGGACCUCAUUGAGGUGCGGGACGUGUAUUUGUGCAGAUGAGGAUCGGUAAUGGUGAUGAACGUGUACAUGCACUCGCAACAUGAACCUGGUACAGAUAAAGACAUACUAUCCUACCAGGGAAAUGGAAACGUUUUGAAAACUAGAUUUAGACCGAAUUCAGAGUGUAGAGUUUCUCCGUGGACCUCCGCAUGUGUCCACAACUCAUUGCCACUGCAAAUACAACACAAAAUACUUCUGUCCAAACAUGAGGAGCUCUGUGAUGCUCCUAGUGCCAAUAAUGUCGAAUCUUGAAAGGGAAGCUCUUUUAUUAUUUAGACUUUCAAUAGCUAUAGAAAGUAGAAAUGAAUGAAAGUCAAACGAGAUUAAACCUUUUUCUCACUAUCACUUCAUGACCUUCAAGACAUAACACUACAUGGUGUAAGGUUAAGUUCACGCAGUAGAUCGCAGUAUUUUUUAUUUUUUUACAAUUGCAUGCUCAUUCUCAUUGACGUCUUGAUCGUGGUUAUCAUUAGUACUGAAAACAGAAUGGCCUUCAUCAAAAAUCUACAGCUAAUAUUAAAACACCACUUCAGAUUUGUCAGUGUUGAAAGGAGUGAGGGUUCUGACCACAACGCUUUUACAUUAGGGCUGGGGAUACGCUUUCAUCCUGAGACCUUUUCAAACAGUCCUACAUGACAAUUCUCUGAUCCAUUGACAUAAGCAUGUGUUACUAUUGUCCACAACAUACGAAUACAGAAUAUGAAGCUGUAAUGCUAGAAAGAACUUCAUAUAAACACAUCACAAAAAAAAAGACAAGUGCAGUUUGGAUUAUUUCAACAUGUUUUGGUGGGUCUUUUGUUUGAACUUUUAUUUCAUUUCCCUAACUCCCUACACCUUCACUUUAUACGGAAAUGCUAAACAGAUUCUAAUAUAUAUUUGUAUUUCAUUUUGGUAUAGUAUUUUUAUAUGUUAAAGAAUACAUUUGUGUUUUCAGGACUUUACUAUCAAACAGUGUGAAAUUUGGUGACGUGGCGUUUAUUUGGUUGUUGAACAGUCUGCGGUGGUAUUUAACUGGACAAAGCAUAGAAAAUGAUUAGCCUUAAUGUAAUAGAAACCAGUGUUUAUUGUUUCAGACAUUUUAUAUAUUGUAUAAGCUUUCCACCUGAAGACCAUUUGAAAAAUCUUUAGAUUUGUAAUUAUUUAUUUUCAUUUCGGAUUAUGUGGAUUUAUUAAGAGUCAUCUGAAUGGGGCACUUCAUAUGCUCAUUUUGGAGAUUUGGGCACAUACACAGCAUUCCUCGUGACUAUACAUUUAAUCUCUACUAGAGUUUUCUGUACUCAUGCAUAGGCCAAAAAGAAACGUGUAGACACGUUGUGGUUUAGGCAUGGUCAACUUUAAGAACGUGGUACUGUUAAGGAACUAUUUACAGUCAUUUAUAGUUGAAAUAUUCACUGACUCUCCAGAUGAUAGAUUACUUUACUGCCAUAGUUUCAAUGCAGUUACGUUCACUGGAAAGGUUUUAUAUACGGUAUGAGGAGCUAAUCCUAUGCCACAGUCACAACCAUCCUUUACUCAUGAAAGACAUCGUCUCUAUUGAAUAUGAACUUUUACUCUUUAUCUUCUGAUGUUGCAUUAAGUUACACUGACUAACUGCAGUUACUCUGAACGCAAACGUGUUUACUGAACUUUCUUCUUUUUCAUUCAUUAAAAUAUGUGAUUAUAUAAAUGUUUAA